GGGCGUGGCUGUUUAUUUAUUUUUGCUUUUACCAGUAGUAGUGAGUGACUCUGCUGUCCCUUCAGUUGAUGUACUGGAGCUGAAAUGAAUGGAGGAACUGGGAAGAGAACUACUUACCAUAAGAUUGCAUAUGAUGUACUCCAGAGCAGAAGGCCACAAAGUGCUGUAGACUCACUGCUUGAAGCUGCAGAGAUUGGUGAUGAUAGAAAGCUAAUGGAAUUAGUAUCUAAAUAUAGAACAAUAAUCAAUUUAAAGUGUGUGUCAAGUGGAGAUACAGCACUCAUCACUGCAGCUCGUAACGGACACUCUAAUAUUGUAGAGUAUUUAAUGAAAAGUGGAGCUGAUCCUACACUUCAAAAUGAUAUUGGAGAGAAUGCUCUGGAUGUAGCACCUCCACACAUAAGAGACAUUCUAUUAUCUCAACUAUCCAAAGAGAGGCCCUCUACAGCUAACAGGUUAUUGCAAGCUGCUUGGUUAGGGGAUUCUGUCACUGUUAAAAAGAACCUGUCCGGCGGUAUUAUUAAUGUGAACUGUAAGAACAGUGAAGGACUAACUCCUCUAUUAUUAGUAACAAGGGACAUUAAAACAUUUGAUAAAGUUCACAGAGUAAUGAAGACAGAUUAUGAUCCACUAGGUGUGAUGCAAGAACUACUCAAACAUAAAGCUGAUUUAAGAGCAUGUGACUCCAAUGGACGGACGGCAUUACAUUUAAUAUCAAAUGAAGGAUCAUCAUCAGUUGGUGCAGUCCAGGCUAAGAAAGUAGUCUCACUAUUGCUGCAGAAUGGGAGCUCCACUAACAUAACUGAUAAGAAUGGAUACACUCCGUUGCAUAUUGCAGCAAAGAAUGGACACACAGCUAUCAUAGUAGCACUGCUGGAGGAAGGAGAGACAGACAUUGAUUGUAGAGGAGGAGAGAAUAGAGACACUCCUCUCAUAAUAUCAGUUAGAGAGGGUCAUAAAGAAACUGCAGAAUACUUAUUGUCAAAAGGAGCUGAUGUGACACUAACUGCUGACUCGGGAGAUACUGCACUGAGUGUAGCUAAAACAUCAUCAAUGACUGCUCUUAUAAAAGAUGCGUGGGAUAAAUCAAUAGCUAGUGAGCCAAUUGGUGCUCCUUGUGAAGGUAGUGGUACUGAAUCUGAUUCUAACACUGAUAUUAACACUGAUCUUAAUGCUGAUACUGAUACUGAUACUGAUCUUGCUGGAACUGUGACAGCUCCAUUCUUUAUCACACAAAAUAAUGGUCAGUUAAGAAGCAGUCGCUCGUUGAGUGAAAUAGCUACAAGAUCAAUUGAGAGGGUGGGGCAAGAAACCAUGACCAGACUGGAAAGUGUUGAUAAUAAUGAUAAAUACAUGACCAGACAGUCCAGUACACCUGAUCACUCUCAGUAUAGUGAAGUUGAAGCUGAUGAUGAACAAGAAUAUAAUAAAAUAUCAAAAAGACACACUCCAGCAAGAAGAAGAUCACUCCUACGUCAAUCACUGAUCACUAGCAAGCGUAACACCACUAAUGCUGAAUCAGCUUUAAGGCGGAGUCAACUUGCAUUAAGUAAAUCAAUGGAAUGUUUGAAUUAUAAUGGACACCAUUCAUCACCGACCACACCUACUGGGGACACACCAACCCACACAAUAUCAUUCAAUACACAUACGGACACAACCACUCGUUAUAAAGCCACGCCUUCAAAGAGAUUCAGUUUACCAGCAGUACAUGGAGCUACCUUAAGAUCAGGUAUGUACAUGUAUCAAAAGAUGUAAUGAAAUUUUGGGUGACUU